AUGGGUUCCAUCAAGAUGUCUCCAAAACGGAAGGAGACAGGACAGGGUGACGACCCACCCAAGGCGAAGAAGACCAGAUCAGAGGAUCCUCCUGACGACGAUACAACCAAGACCGAUGUCAACUGGUUCAUACCAAAAGAAAAGGGUAAGAACGUCUACAAAGAAAAAUGCGCAGCCGAGUACGCCCAAAUCCUCUAUGAGAAAGCGCGAGAAGAGAUAAGUCCGCAACAAGCACCUUUGUUAGAUCCGCAAUUCCGGACGCCAGUAUUCCAAAAUAAAGGCAAAGAUCUGAGAGCGGGAGACAAGUACAGGCCCAGCGCGUCUUUGCGCAACCUGUUCAACGACAUCAAGAGUAGAAGUAUUGAUAAAGAGGAGGGCCAUAGCAUCACCCAUUUCCAGCAGCAGUUUGGCGACGACACAAACAUUGCAGUGGUGCUCUCAAGAGCGGAAAACAACGCUACUCUUGUUCUAGAUGGAUACCAACGUUUGGAAGUGACUGUGAACGAUGCAACUGCAUAUGUAGAUUUUAUCCGACGGAACUCAUCAGAGGAUGGCAGCCCUAUCGGGUAUUUCAUUCGACUCCCUUUCAAUACGUCAGUCACAGUAAACGGGACUACCUACACCAACAGCGACGGUCCAUCGUCCCUGCCUUUCUACAUUGGUCCGCUCGAAGGGCCCGGAAGGACGCUGUUGCAACCAAUCGAGGUGGAAGGGAACCAUCUGUUGCUCGCUGCUCAAAUCCAUGCCGACAAGCACAUCACACUCGAAGUCCUAGAUCCUAUGACGUGGCGAUCAACUUUGUCCACUCGGAAAGCUAUCGAUGAACACAUCAGGGAGACUUUGCGAAGCUCCACAUGGUGGCGGCAUGUCUUUGACUCGUUAGAUCAAAUGGAAAAAAACCUGCCCGAGGCCACGAUGUGGGUACCGGCUGCUCAGGUCACGACAGGCGAUGGAAGCUUCACGUACACCGUCUUGAACGCAUGGGCGCUGGCGAUGGGCCUCGCGCCAAACCCGUCGUUCACACCUAGCGCUCAUGGUCAUGAGUCGUUCUUCAUCCGAGCCCAACAAAUCUUCGACCUGGCCCUUCAAGACAAGUUGAACUGGAGGGUGUUACUCGCCUUUUUUUGCUGCACCGGAUUUGUUAAGCCCGACGAGGGCAGCGAGAACGAUGAAGAGGCAAAUCUCCCGCAUCUAUCAAGGCGAUUUGAUCUUCGUAACCGCUCCUUCCAGAAGCUAAUUUCUCGCCAAACGGCAGCAGACGCCGCCGCCGAAGGCAAGAAGAUCAAUAUGGAGCUGGUCACUUUGGGACUCGAGGAUGGGAUGCGCCAUGAUGUAGCUUUCGCUGCCGAUUCACUAAGCGAGCUCGAACGGACCAUUCUCACUUCAAUCGUCCGUAAUGGUCAAUGGAACUUCGCUGAUACAGAAGAGAAGCUGAAAAAGCGUCUGGAUGAACAUAAAGAGCAAAAAACGUCGGAUAUGUCGUUGGCAAAAACAACACCAGCACCACCGCCACCACCACCACAUAGAUCGACUCCAGAUACCGAGGAAAUCCCGGCCGACUUUGAUCCUUGUAAGCAUCUUCACGAGCAGCUUAAAUUGCUCGAAGAGCAGGGGAAGAUUGAACCAAAAGUCGGAAGUGAAAUCGACGAAGCAUUGCCAUCCAGGUGGAGUCAAGCUGUCUUUGGAUAUAUCGAGCCCGUUGCACGAGCUAUCAACGACUUACUCUCACCUGAGCGGCCUAUGCGGGGCUUCACAGUGGCAGACCUGAAUGGUUCAUCCAGAUACGCAGAUGAUUCUGGCGUCUUGGACACAGUGGUUAUGAUAGUCUGCCAACUGCGAGAACAUGUCAUACUGGUAGUCUUGCAGCAUGAGGACACAUCCAAAGAAGCUCCCGAUGUAUCACGCGUUAUGGACUCCGCACCAUGGAUUGGGACGGCGAAGGAGCGCAUCCAAAUUCACGACCUACUGAUUGAAGCGGGGAUGUUAGUAGUUGAACCUACUGCAGACAAAGUUAAAAGUUUCGUCGGGCCAGUAAUACAAUGGAUGCCGGGUCCUCGACAAGCAAAAGUAGAGGAAGCUGGGUAUUUUGCAAUCAUGAGUGCAUGGGCUGUACUACUUGGUCUACCCAUCAACCCCGAAUUCCGUAUAGGCGCAGAUUUCUACGACAGCGCACUUCCUCUGCUCCAGGCAGUGGUAAAAGCACACGCAGACUGGAAGCUCAUCUGGGCGUUCUUGCGUUGUGUGGGUUAUACUCAGUCCGAGCAGCCGCCUCCGAUGCAGCGUCGUUUCAAAGCGACAAGGCCUGCUCGUGGCCCCCGUAUCACCAGAGGCAACAGAAAGACAAAGCGCUCGAUUGAGACUCAGGCUUGCCGUGACAUCAACUACCCGCACUUUCCAGUGAACACGGGUGUAGCGCAUACUGAAGCCUUCCAAUGGGAUGAUUACGAUGGACCUGACAGAAGAGCACGCAUACCCGAGCUUAUCAGAUCUGGAAAAUACACCAGACAUUUGCAAACUCCGUCUGCAGACCCCCCUGCAAUUCCUGCACCGCUGUCCAACUCGCUACAAAACUUGAAGACAGGAGCUCUAGUCACCACAGGUGGGCAUGUUGUAGCAGGUGUAGAUCUACCUGCGGGCGAAAAUCCUAUUCCGGAGGACCUGAGUCUCUUUGAUAUGGCCGCUCGCAUUCCAGAACUCCAACGUCUCGGCACUUUUGACGAGAAGCUUUCCCGUGAAGAGAUACGGAAGCGCUAUGACGCGUUAGCAAAAGACUUCCAACCGUGCGAACAUCUUCGUCGUACGCUGCAGAACCUGCUGACAAAUGACAAAGUCAAGGAAGAGGUUGAAGCCUUUAGAAGUGGCGAAAGAGUAACGACCGGGUUUGGGCUCUGGCUAUCCGAUGAGGAGGUGGCCAUGCACGCCGCUGCGGUCACUUUGGCUGUCAACGAUACGCAGAGUAUCGAAGAGGGUUACAGUGUUGUGUCGCCCGCAACUGUUCAGUUAUGUAAAGGCGUUGGCGCCAGCGUGUCUCCCGCACUUCGACCCGGCCGUCCUCUACUCAUGCCAUUGUACUCAAAAAGUCAUUUCGUUCUGGUAAUUGUGCAAUUGAACGAAAAGAACCUACCCGAAAUAUCGGUUCUCGACUCCUUGUUCUACCAUUACAAUGCUGCUCAACGUAACCACAUCUUUGAGACAGCCUGGAGGGUAGUAUGUCGUACGGCUUGGUACAGGCGACAUUUCCAAGAUGAAACUGCUUUCAAGACCGUCAAGCCUUCUCAUGCAACUUGGGUCAAAACCGCUCUUCAACCGAGCACGAAUGAGUGUGGCUAUUUCGUAAUACUCAACGCCUGGGCACUGGCGCUGGGCUUGGAGCUCAAUCCUGCGGUGCGACUUAAAUGGACAAAAUCGUUCUUCGAUGAGCUGUACGAUGUUAUCAGUCUUGCGCGUUUGGGUCACGCAGACUGGAAACUCAUUUUUGCUUUUCUACGGUGCCAUGAUAUCGUACGGAACGGCUCUGUACCCGAGAACAGGCGUUUUGUCCAAACUCAUGCCAUAAAAGACGAAGACAGAAUGGUAGAAGAUUUGGAAAGUCUUGGUGCUAUAGAGCUGAUACACUGGCAAGAGCGGCAGCAGCCCACGCCUGAAGAAAAUGCGAGAAUGCGACGCUGUAAUCGCGUUCCAGGCCUCAAUGGUUCAUCACACAACCAGGCUGGCGGCUUCCCUUCCGACGAAUGGACGGCUCCAAGCAAAUCGAAGUUUGUACCUCGCCUUCAGCAGCUGGGCAUCCUGAAUGUCAACCAUGACAGCUCCCAAUUGGAAGAAGCUCAUGAUGGCUCGUGGGGGAUAGCCUGCGAAAGAUUCCUCGACUCCGUCCCAGGGUCUAUCGCCGAAAUGAUACGAGACACAUUGAUACAAAGUUUACGAGAUCACCUCGAAAACCACUUUGCUGAGGUGGGAAAACAUUACAAGGACACAUUUGCAGCAAGGGUAAGAGAUGUCUAUCAGACUUAUGUACUCCUCAUGAACAAACAUGACGUACGGCAAUGUUUCGGAGAGAUCGGCGUUGGGGUUACAAAGUCGGCCAAGCAUGACUGGAAACAACCCCUACACGAUUCUGAAGUGAAUUUGGCCAUCGUGUCGGUUCUGGAGGCCAUCGAUAAUCUCCAAGCUGAUGCCCAUGGGCGUACAAACUCUUCGAGCCUCUUCGCAGGAGGCUUUACGUUGGCAACGUCCGCCAGUUUGGCAUUCGCCCUCUGUUCCAAUGAUUCCGACAAUGAGAAUUCCUUUGACAAUCUGGUGCUUUCGCGCCCUCGAAGGGCUUGGUUGAUGCCUUUGGUAGUCAGCAGCGGUGGCCUGUUGGAUGAGUUGAAGAACUGGGCGAAGGGAAAGGGUGUGAAAUGGAAGCCCCCUACUAACAGCCAAGCUGAAGGCCAUACGCUCCUCGUCUUGAUCCAAGAAUCGUUCAACGACGAGACCGAUGAUUAUCCAGGCGGAACGCAUUUCGAAAUAGUAUUCAUCGACAGCUGUCAGAGAAUCUUCAAAGGCGUGCAAGGAUUCUUCUUGGAGCGUAUCAGCAAGGCUCAUAAACGCCUCAAGUGGUCAGACCAUCGCCGUGUUUGGGAUGUUGUUCCACCUAGGGAGAUUCCUUCUGAUAUACAAGUGCCUCAGCAGCAAAACGGCGGCUGGCAAUGCGGGCAUCACACCGUGAUCAACGCUUGGAUAAUCGCCUUGGGUCUUCAUCCCAAAGGAGACGCAAUUUACAAAGAGAACGGAUAUAAUCUGAUCUACAGACUCGCUCAAAUGGCCACCGCUGGCAUACUAGACUGGCGCACGCUUGCCGAAUUCCUUGUCAGCAAAAGGCUUACGACAGAGACGAGUGCAGACGACGUACCAGAGUCUCGCCGGUUCAAGUUCACUUGUGCUCAAACUAAUGAGAGUGCGCUGGAUGCGAGGAUCAGAGCAUACGCACUUGUAAACACUGCUCUUGGUACAUUACCGCCGACAGACACACCUUAUGACUGCAAUACCAACUUUGUUCCUAUCCAAGAGGAAGAAGAAGAGGAAGGGUUAGCACGAGGGUUUGAGGAUAUGGAAUUAGAUUUCCUUGACAAUCGGAGGAAUCCUAAAAGAAGACUGCGCGACGAUGGUAGCGACGGUCUCGCUCUGUGGGAUGAUGUAGCCGCUGGACGGGACAGAAGACAUGUUACUGCGGCCGACGCGCCGCGUCGAAGCAAGAGACAAAGGCUGUCGAACGGCCUCUCUUUUCUCGACGCGUACUAUAACGAGCCCAGUUCAGCAGCCCGAAUAUCUCUUUUGUCGCUGUGA